CCGGCCGCCGCCACGUUAGAGCGAACAACACGCGCCAAGGCAACAACAACCCAUUACCGACCGGCCUGUAACUUCUCUGCCCCAAAGCCUUCACCCGCUCCGAAUCACGUCGAUAGCCCUACAAACAGGACGGUUGUGCAGUCUUAUCGCCCAUCGGUCUGCGCCAUGGGUUCCCGCAAGCGGGCUAAACCCAACCCUGCCGCCGAUUCGGGCACUCCGACCUCAACUCCUACUCAUCCUCCUUCCGGCAUGCCGUCGCAACCAUCCUCCGCCUCGUCUCGAUCAGGAACUGCUAUUACCGACCAGCGCACUCCUCCAGUGUCGGAGGCGGGCAGUGAUGGAAGAGACAGAACCCUUGCCAAGCAAGGUUCGAACCAGGUACACAACACCCGAAGCUGGUACGGGUCGUGGCCUCGAGUGUCUAAAUCGGUUGCGUCGACCCAGGUCGCGCGGGAAACGAUCCUCGGAGGUACAUCGAAACCAGCGGGAACAGCGAACCUCAGCCGAUUCGAACAAAAGAAGGGCGCCGAUUCCGUGAGUGUCAGCGACGGCCCUCAGUCAGGGUCAGCAACGCCAAAGACGCAGGAUGAUGCGGCGAGCGCUGGAAAAUGCCCCUCAGAACCAGCCUCGUUAGCAGCCGGAAAUGUUGUGAAACCGGAGGAGGACAAGACGAAACCGGGAGACGCCGGCACCGAGAGUGACACAAAAAUGCUCGAUGCUGGUGGAGAAGAAGAGACGACGAGGCUACCAGCUGAACAAUCUGCAAGCGUAGGGACCGAAGAGCAGCCGGCCGCGGCAUCGACGCCGCAGAGACCUUCUUCAGGGUGGUUUGGCUGGUUUGCGAGGACAACGACGGCCGAGCCGGUCUCAUCGGCAAAUGCUCCCGUGCCGGCAGGGACAACAUCCCAGGAAGCGAGCGUCCCAAUACCUGUCGAGGCAGAGCAAUCACGACCACCACAAGACUCUCAAACCGACAAGGCAUCGAAUCCACCCGAGGAAGCCCAAGAGGCUGCCGGCAUUCACCACCAACCACCCACGCAGGACAAGAAAGCAACGGGCUACGGGAGCUCUUGGCUGUGGUAUUGGACUAGCAGGACUGCCCCGGCUCCUUCGCAGCCCGAGCCUGGGCCGCCGCCCGCGGAACCAGAGGCGACCUCGGCGAUAGUCAAAGAACCCGAAGAUGUGGUCAUGCAGGAUGCACCUGCUGCAGAGGUAGCUCCCGAACCGCCGGCCCCCCCGCCUAAGGCAGGGUCGACGUGGGCUUUUUGGUCUCGCGAUUCAGGGUCGACAUCCACCAAGAAACCCGCGCAACGGCAAGGUGAGCAGGGCCAACUUGCGGUCAUGGGAGAAAGGUCGGAAACGCUUCCCCAGAGGGCGAACUCGAUGGAAUUCGAAAGCACAAAAAGCACACCAGCGGAGGAGCCUUCGCUGAAACCGAAGCAAAAGAAGGAGCGAGCAGAGGCCGCUGCUACCCCUUCCCGGGAACCCUCAUCAAAGAGCAGCAACAACAAACGCGUGCGCUUAAAGUCCAUGGAGGUUGAUGGUGCGCCUCCUAGUCGCCCGAGCACGCCACAGGCUGGCACAACGACUAAGCCGUCUGCUGCCAAAACGCCAGCCGCGGCCAAAGUUUCACCACCUAACCUCUUGCUUCCCUCGUUUGAGGGCACCUACAAGCUAAAGGACAACCCGUCCAUCAUAAAACAGAUUGCCCAGCUGCUGCUUAGGACCCGGCAGCCGUCUGGAAAGCACGUGUAUCGGACAAAGGAGCCCCCGAAGAUCAAGAGUGCUAUCGCCAUCGGUGUCCACGGGCUUUUCCCCGCGACUUACCUCCGUCCCAUGAUUGGCCAACCCACUGGAACGUCCAUCAAGUUUGCGAACCACUGCGCCGAAGCCAUCCGAAGGUGGGCGAACAGCCAUGGCUGUGAAGAUUGCGAGAUCGAAAAGGUCGCAUUGGAAGGAGAGGGCAAGAUUGGCGAACGGGUGGAGAACCUGUGGAAGCUGCUGCUGAACUGGAUCGAUCUCAUCCGCAAGGCCGAUCUGAUUCUGAUCGCAUGUCACUCGCAGGGUGUGCCCGUCAGCAUCAUGCUGCUGGCGAAACUCAUCGAACUGGGGGUUGUAGGGUCAGCCAGGAUGGGCGUUUGCGCAAUGGCUGGCGUCUCGCUGGGUCCGUUCCCCGAUUACCGGACCGGCAUGGGCAUCUUAAUGGGCUCAGCCGCCGAGCUCUGGGAGUUUGCCGACCCCCAGAGCGAGGUGUCCAAGAGACUGGAAGCGUCUCUCAAGGUAGUCCUGAACCACGGCGCGCGUCUUACGUACAUUGGUAGCAUCGACGAUCAGCUUGUGCCGUUGGAGGUUUGUUUCGCCCCGUCCUGCGAGGCAACCUCGAAUACUUACGGGUUAUAACUAGUCAGCCAUAUAUGCGCCGGCCCAUCAUCCCUACAUCUACCGGGCCGUCUUCAUCGACGGCCGCAUCCACGCACCCGAUUUCAUCGCCCACUUGGUCGGCUUUGCGCUCAAACUACGCAACCUCGGCGUGUCGGACCACGGCCUGAUCCGCGAGCUCUCGACGCCAUUGGCAGGGAGCCUGUAUUCAGGGGAAGGCCACUCCCGCCUCUACGACGAGGAACAGGUCUACGAUCUGGCCGUGACGCAUGCGCUAGAGACGACCG